UAUAUUAUUGAAUAACAUAACUAACAGUAAUUUUAUCAUUUUCUGUAUCUUUUAGUAUUUGAUUUACAGAUGCACCACAAAGAAUACCCCAUUUGGUAGUAUAUGCUGUUACGUGAAACUAUCAUGGGGUCUGUUUUAAUGAAAUUUAAGAAAAAACCUUCAACCAAACAAGUUCUUGAAGAACUAGAAAAGGAAAUCCAGACCACCUCUGAAUACAAGUCAAGUUCAGAGAAAACCCACAAGCAUCUUAUUGGCUCAUUAAUUCUGUACUCAGUCCUUAUAUAUGUUGUGGCUGCCUUAGUUUAUUAUUUCUGGUUUUUUCCCAGUACUUUGGGUGAUGGAGUAUUGCAUUCACUGCCAUUGCUAGCUUUUCCACUUCUAGUCUGGAUUCUCAAAAGAUUUCUCCAUUGGUACUUCACUCGAACCAUCAAGAUAAAUGAAGAAAAACUUAUUGAACUAAGGAAAAAAAAGAAGUCAAUUCUAGAUGAGGUCAUGGAAAAGGAAACCUACAAAGUUGCCAAAGAAUUGUUAGAGAAAUUUGAUCCUCAGUUACUCAAAAAACAAGAGAACACUGAAGAAAAAACUGCUCAAAAUGGAUCCCGUGAGAGUACACCCUUAAAACAAAAAGAAACUGAGGUACGACAACGAACAAAAAGAAUACCAGAAGUGGGCCAACCAAGAGAAAAUAUAAAAAUCCCUGGUGUAGUAUAUCCCCCUGUUACACCUUAUGUAUCUGGCUUUAUUCAGAAUCCUGUUGUUAGUCAAAGAAAUCGACAGUGGGGAGUUCGUCCUACUGGUCCAGCAAUGCCUACUCCAGUCUUGCCACAACAAAGGAAUAUGCUCGAUCGUUUCAUUGAUUACAUGGUAGGGGAUGGGCCGUCAAAUCGCUAUGCACUCAUAUGCCAGCGAUGUAAUUCUCACAAUGGAAUGGCACUAAAAGAAGAAUUUGAAUAUAUAGUGUUUAGGUGCUGCUAUUGUUUUCAGCUCAAUCCAUCAAGGAAACAAAGGCCUCAAUCUGUCAAGAUUGCAGAAACUCAACCAUCUUCAGAAAUACCAGAUCAUAAAUCAUCUGAUGUAUCAGAUGGUGUUGAAGAAAUUGAGGAAAAAACAGAACCCCAUGAUUCUACACGUGAAUAUUCUAGUACUUUACGUGGUAAUGAAGAUAACAGAAAAGUAGUAGAGGAACUGCUCGUACCUACAACAAAUGAGGACUCGCAAGAAAACCAGAACAUUAGUACUAAUGGUCAUGAGUAAAGUUAAUGAAUGCUACUUAUGGUUAUAUAAGGUAUCUUGUUUGAAACUUGUGGAGCAAAGUAAAUAUAGUAGUUCUGAAUUUUCAGAUGUUUUUUUAGUCAUUAAGGAGAUGAACAGGCAGACACAACCAGUCUAUGGAAUUGUCAGUCCUUGCGAUUCACAGUUGUUCCAGUGAGUGGUAGUUUUGUUGAAAAUGUGUAUUUAGAUAUUCUUUUCUGUUCUUGGUAAUUCAGAAUAUUUCAAAGUUUAACAGGCAGUUCCUGUCCACUGCUCUUUAUCCCAUCAAGCUUUCACUUCCCUCCCUUAAGCUGUUUUCAGUUUGUUUGUUUUUUUUCUUAUAUUUCAAAAAAAUCAUUAGCGAUGUUUAGCUUUAUCAGUAUAUUCUAUCACAAUUCAUUUUUAUUUUAAAAAGUCUGAAGUUGUAUUAUUUUUCAUGUCAGAGUUAAAUACAGAUACUAAUGUAAUUGCUAAACACCUGUAACAGUUUUAGUUAAUGGAUGAUCGGUUGAGAUGUGUUAUAGUUUUGAAUGUAUUUCUGAACUUUUUUAUUAAUUAAUGUACUAUAUUGCUAGCUACUGAAAGGCAGAAAUAAUUUAACUAUUCAAAAUGCCAGAACUAGUAGUUAGAACAAUUUUUUAUACUUUAAACAUUGAAAACUUGGCAAUCAUAAUUUUUAUUGCAUAUUUUUUAUUACACCUAUCUAUUAAAGAUGGUCACUGUAUAAAAAUAUGUAUAUAAACCAGAUAGAGUAAAGCAGAAAACUUUCAAAGGAACUUCACAACAACAACAAAAAUAUAACAAGAAGUCAUUAUAAACCUAUGAAAAAAAUCAGUUUAUAGAAUGAAACUAAAAGCAUAUCCAGGAAAAAUUAAUUAUAUUGUUUCUCUUAUAAACUUAUUUUAUCAUCAUUUAUUUGGCUAUGUUGUUUGAACAUUCUUAUAGUAACAUUUGUGUUCAAUCCAAACUGUUACUUGUAAGCUUCAUAUUGAUAACUCUUUUCCGUUCGUUUCUCACAAUUUUAGAAGCAUAUGUAAUAACCAUUGAAGAGAUCUAUUCGAGUAGGCUUAGGUGUUAAUAAAACAGAUUCUUGGCUUGUUUUGAUUUUUUUUUUAAAUAAUAAGUUUUCCCGUAUGAAUGUUAUAGUGGUGACACAAAACAGUUGUGACCUUCUUCCUUUUUUUUUUGAGUUAUGGCCUUAUUACACAUAAUAAGGUUACAAUGAAUUUAAAAUAAACAUUCAUAUUUUCACAUACUUCUUACACAACCUCUCAAAGUGGUUGUUGGGAUUUUUAACCACAAUUUAGAUUGUAAUGAAAUUAUGAUAUAAUUAUCUAAGUUUGAUAAAAUUUAUAAAUAACAUGUUUUCUUAUGCUUCAGUUUUAAGAAGAGUACAAAUAAAAGAAGGGUUGUCAGUUUUAUUGGGUAACCUACAAAACGAAUAAGGAUCAUGAUAUUUACAUGUAAUUAUUUUUAAAGCACAAUUUCAGCAUCUUUAUUGAUAAAAUUUUGUUGAUUUGUUAAUUUAAACUGCAAGAAGUAUAAUCAGUAAGUGAGGUGAAAACAGGUUUUUUUUCACACAAUCAUGAAUAAGAAAUAAGAUUUUCUGCUAUAAAACUCGUUGACAGUACUGAUGAAUUCUCUCUUUUUUUAUACAUGUAGUAUUUUCACUUGAAGACGAACACUGGUCAAAAAACAAACCUGGCUUAAGUUUGGAAAGUUUAACAAGUCUUAGAGAAUCUAUCAAAAAGUUUAUAUUGCACUAUGUACUGAGUGUUGAAAUUAAAUAACAGACACAUCUUUUUUUUGUAAAAUGUAAACAGAAAAAGAAAAAUAUAUGUAUAUAUAUAUAAACGUACUAGGUCUGUUAUUAUUUUUUUAAGGGAUCAUUCACAAUUGUCGUCAUUAAACUUAUCAAGCAUUGUUCCAUAAUUUCAUGAUCCACCCACUCAUGCAUUUUAUAAAACUUAAAAAUGUUGAAAUAUAAGAUCUGGUAUGGAGUGAUGCUCCAUUAGUCACAUUUAUUAAACACAACCAUUGAUAGGAAAAAUAUUAACUCUGUCAUUUACCUUCGUACAUUAUCGAACUGGUUUAUGCUUUGUUUUACCCUCCCACCCACCAUUAUCAAACAGUGUUUGGUAAUUUUUAAUUGUAAAUGGUCCCUAAAAAGUUAUCAUUAGUAUUUUUAAACAGUUCUGUGGAGAAUAAUGUAAUGCAAGUUAGUUAAAUUGUUCCAUUUUUAUAUAAAGAAGUUUAAUAAUAGAGAAAAUUGGUUACAGAGACAGUACUCUCAAGAGCCCAGAUGAAAUAUCAAAUUUUACAGUAAAUUAAUACUAAUAUAAAUAAUUUAUUGUGAUUAAGUAAAUGAUCAUUCAAAAUACAUUAAAUCUCUCUCUCUCUAAAAUAUUAAAACAUGUGAAUGAAAACAUAAUGAUAUUCAAUUUCUGUGCUUUGUGAAAGAAUGUCUAAGAAAUGUACUUUGAUUUUAUGUUUUCUUUACGAAAAUUUUGUGUUAGCCAGUUGCAUAAUAAACUAUUGUUAUAACUUGAAGUUAUUUUAGUCCUAAUGAUCCUGAUUUUGACGAAUUUAAUUGUAAUAUUUACCACUGUGUGAUAUAUGUCUGUGAAAAAUACCAGAUUAGACAGUUACAGUGAUUAUUUAUAGACACAUAGUAACAUUCACUUACAUAUAUUUAUAUGGCUUCCUUAAACCAGCUAAAGUACAGAUCUAUUUGAUUCGUGAUAGCAGAUUGAUCAUGUUGUCCAACUGGUUAUUGAAAUAUUCUUCCUUGAAAACAUUUUUGUUCUUAGUUUUUUCUACUUAGUUAUGGGUUAUUAAAUGUAUUUUCCUUUAUAGUUAUAUGGUAGAGCAUUUUGUAGUUUCAAAAUGUUUGUUUGCCCCUAAAAAGCAGAAAAAUCAAUUAAUACUUUUGAGUAUAUUUUAUAUCAAAACGGUUCAAGUCAUCUACUAAGCAGUUUAAAGCAAAAGUUAACAUUAGAUGUUACGUGCUUCCUUUUAACUCUAAAUUAAACUGAGAUGUGGCUUUAGUGUAAUUACUGUUGUUGUUUAGAAGAAGAUCUGUAACAAUCAGUUGAAGUAAGAGGAAUAUUGGCAACCCAGUCUAAUUUGUAUUUCUUUGAUAGUGUUUAACCUUAGCUUUCUAUUUUUUUUUAACCUGUAAAUUGUCUAUACGUGUAGAAUCUAUUACUUUUUAAAAAUUAGGUUAAAGUACAAAGGUUUUUGUGAUCAUUAUAUGUAAAUUACUGUUAGAUGUUUAUCAAGACUAAUACAAGGAGAUAAAAAAUGUAGAUGAUUAGGAAGAGAAACCUUGAGACUUUAUAUUGAUGAUUAGUUCUGAAAGCAGUUAUAUGAGUUGAUGAAAAAAUGCUGAUUUAAUAGGGUUAUUUGUGUGCCCACCAAAUUGUAUUAUUUCUUACAUUUUAAAAUAAGUUUACUUUUUUUAAACACUAGUCACAUACUUUACACAUUUUCUAUGGUGUUACUCUCAUUGUUUUUAUGAUUACACCAUUUGUGUCCUGUUAAGUAGGAUAGAAAAGAAAUGCUAAGUUUUCUCUUCGUAUAUUUAUUAUGAAAGUCUGUCAGCCAUGAAUAUGUGAUUUGUAAAUUUACAAACUGUGCGACUACAAUGAUUAAUUAGAAUGUAGGUAAUGCAUUAAGUAUAUGUUCAGUAUUAAUACAAGAUGUGUUGUUGCUAGCCUAGAUUUUGGCAUGAGGAAAUUCUAGGUAAUGUAAAUUAAUAAAACCCAAAAUAAAUGGAACUUAUUUUUUAAAAAACUUUACCAGCUGAUUUUUUGUAAUUAAGUUUAUUUUGAAGUUUGAAAAUUAUUCUAUAUUGGUGCUAGUAUUGACUUUGAUGAUCACGGUGAAUGGUAUUAAAACUGGUUUGGUUAUCUAUUUUACGUGUCAGUUAUGUAGCAGACAUAAGCUAACAAUAAACUAAAUUGGAUAAUCUUAAAGAAAAUAAAAGAACUCAAUGUAUUUCCAGUCGUGUUAUUGUCAAGAGUGUAUCUUUUUAACUUUUCCAAAUUUUUUUUUGGUGUGAGUUACUUUUUUUCCUUUUUUCUUUUUUUAAAUGCUUGAACUAGCUCAAAUAAAUAUGAAUUGUUUAUUUGAUUUUUUUAAGACCAUAAACUUAUAGGUUAUUUGGGUUUAAAAGUAUUUGUCCAUUAAUAAUAUAAAUUGGUUAAUCCUUACAAGAAACAUCGUAAGAACUACUACCUUGAACAUCUAGUCAUUAAAAUUAUACCAAACUAUGAAAUAGAAUAUUAAUGAAAUAUGUAAGCUUGUGAUUUAACUAAUAUCGUCUUCUGAUCAAAGCAACUAUGUCUUCCAAAGUUAUCUAAAUGUAAAUAUUAACGUGAAAUACUUUGAUCGUGUUUUUUUUUUAGUGCGAGCAUAUUAAAAAAUAGUUGCAAGGAUUUUAAAAUUAUUAUUGUGUGCUUUAUUUUUUUGCGAGGACAAGAUCUUGUUAAAAGAUACCUACAUUAUAUUGUGUUUUAUCCAUGCUGCUUGUAUGUAGGAUUAAUUUUCACUUGUCUUGCAUAUAUAUAUAUAUAUAUAUAUUUAUAUACAAGAAAUGAAAAUUAGGCAUACAUGUACAACAUAAUGUAGGUAUCUUUUAACAAAUUAUUGUUUUUUCAAAAAUAUAUAUAUAUUUAGUAUUUUAUAAGUAUAUUAUAAAAAUCAUGUGGGGAAAGCAAAGUGAUAUUUUAAGAAUAUUUAAAUAUUUGGUCAAAAAAGAGCUAAAACUAAACCCCCAAAACCCUAUACCAUAUUGUUUUGUAACGGUACCUUUUUCUAUACAAUUAGACUUAAGUUUUCAUAUGGUCAAAAUCUUUACAAUCCAUUAUAUUGAAUGCUGUUGACUGUGUUUUCUUAUCUUUGUGGUAAAAUAAUGAAAAAAAAAAGUUUGCUUACUUUUGAUUGUGAAUAUCUUAAACAUUGUUAUUGGUUGUUUUUUUUAUUAUAGGCUGAACUAUUCAGAAAUUCUUGGGUUAAUUAUGUAUUCCCUGAAAGAUCCUUUAUAAAUAUGCUUAGAAUAUAAGAAAGAAAACUUUUGGAAUCUUUCAAAUUUAUCAAAUUAAAGAUCUCUUUUCCUAAAAAUAUAUAGCAGAAUUUCAGAAAUAAAUUACAAGUAACUUUUAACUCAAAACACUGAAACAUCUCUGCUGAAUGUUAGUAACAAAAAUUCAGUAAACAAGUCUUCAGAAAUGCUAUUUUUAUCAAAGCAAUGUAACAUUUGUUCUAAAAAAUACUUUAAAUGGUUGCUGUAUGUAUACGAAAGCUAUUAAUGUGUGAUUACUUCAGUUUGUUUAACAAAUUCUUAAUCAGGAUAUAAAAAAAAAGAAAUAAUUAUUUCUUCACAAAUUACACUAUUUUGCACUUCGUCAUAAUACACAGUAAAUUAAUGUAGAAUAAAGUUACUGUGACUUAAUGAGUUUUGUUAACAAGUUUUAUAUUUUGAAUCCUAAAAGUUGCUUUAUAAAAUUCGGUUUCAAUUAUAUUCCGGUGGUAUGUCUGCAGACUUAUAACGCUAGAAUUCGGGUUUUCGAUACCCGUGGUGGGCAGAGCACAGAUAGCCCAUUGUGUAGCUUUGUGCUUAAUAACAAACAAACAAACAAUUAUAUUUACUAUAUUCGACAACUAGAUAUAAAAUCGAAAUCCUUUCAUCAUCCUUUUUUUUCUAAUUGUAGAAUGUAAUUAGUUAUUGUAAUUCUAUAUUGUUUUCAGGUUCAUCUGGAAUGGAUUUAUUUCUUGGCAUGUUAGAUUUACUUAAAAAGAUAACUAUUACAUUGAAAAAACAACUAAUAUUGUACUUUUGGUAAGUCUUAGAAAUACUUUGGAAUAUUUUCAUUACAAAUAUGUUUUGUAUACAUCAGCAAAACAGUGGCAGUAUUUACACUGGUGAACUAUAUGUUUAACUUUGACAACUUUACAUACACAUUUUGAGUGCUGGAACAAUUCUGUGCACGAGCUGUCAGUGAUCAAGAAGAUACACAUUUGUUGGUCUGACUUGUAACUAGAACUAAUUUAUUCUUAGUUUAUUUACGUAAUAUUCUGACGUCAUGUAAGUCAGAAAAUAAUUUAUUUUGAUAGAUUUAAGACAAGGCAGAAAUCUGUAGAAGACGUUGAGAUUUUGCAAGUCCAAUAAAUUUACUAUUUAUGGCGUU